AUGAUGAGUGGAACAACAAAAAGGGAAAAGGAUUACACCCGGAUAAAGGAACAAAAAAUAGUGCAGUAUGAUUCGACAGAAUGCGAAAUAACGAGGAGUGACUGCGAGGAGUUCAUUCGGGUCGUCAAAAGGUUUGGCACAUCGUUCACAGAAAAGGACUUAGCCCAGUAUUGCCGUUUAAAUCACAUCCCGAUAAGCGAACACACCAUAGAAUGCAUGUUCGAGGAGUUUUUUCUGAACAAAAAAAACGAGAGGGACACCCGCGAGAUCACCGCCGACGAUCUGAUAUCCUUGACCUCCAAAAAAACGAACAGAUGCUUCUACGUCCCCGUCGUCGUGUACAUAGGAAAGCGUAGCCACAUACGAAGCUACGAAGAAGGACUCAAAAAGGCAAAGGAGAAGGAAAAAAAAAAUGAACAAAUCGAAAAAGACAAUUUAAAAAAACAAAUUCAAAGAGACAAGAAAAAUAAACAGAGAAAUGAAAAAAUGAAUUACGUGUGGGAGGAUGAAAUUUGGGGCAGGUCCAACUUUUGCACUGAAGCCACGUCGAUAGAUCGGGAGGGGAAAGUUCAGGUGGACAGCACCAAUGUGAAGACACGAGAUGGUGAAGCCCCCAACGCCGUGCAGCAUCUGUUGGAAGCGAACCGUGCUAACAGCGAAGAGAACGAUGAACAGCUGGAGUCUUCCAAGCAAGUCGAAGUAACUGAAAAGGGAAAAGGCAACCACGACGACCAGAAUACGAAUAGUAGUGGCACCAUGAAGAAGUCUUCGCCGGGAAGAAAAGGCAAAAGUGGAAUGGGAAGGAAGGGCGCUGCCGCUCAGCACGAAAAAGAGCAACCCACCGCGGCAGAAGCAAAGCGACUCGCUUUGGAGGAGCAGAAGAGGGAAAAGCAAAUCUACUACGACUCCCUAAUGCAGCAGGUUCUAAAUAACAUACAAAAAGGAAAAGAGAAAAAAAAAAAACAUCUCACAACAUUCAACUUUGUUACUUAUUACAAACUUCAUGAGCUGAUAUACAUGUCCUUCCUGGUGGACAAGUACCAGGGCUACUUCCAAGGCACAGAAGAGAGCGACUUGAUCGACAUUUACACAGAGGAGGGGGAACAAAUGGAUCGAAGUGAAGACAGCAGAGGAGAUGGCCCAGGAGAGACAACCAUGAACAGUGGCGAAGAAAAUGUGCAGGCAAAAAUGGAAGAAGAGGUAGAAGGCGCGAACAGGAUUACCCUCGAGCAAGUUGUACAUAAAUACAAAGGGGACAGGGAGAAAGAAGAAGAAAAAAAAAAAAAAUUAAAAAAAAAAACACAUAAGUACAUACAUAGUAACCAGCUAGCCAAUUUUCAAUUUGUUAAAAAAAAUAUAGAAGAAAUAAUGAACUCCGUUUUGUACAACUUGAACACAUUCUUCAAUGACAAGGUGUUAGAGGUAGAACGUGUGAUGGAGGAGUACAGCACCGUGGUGGCGAAAAGCAACCAAGGGAAUGCCUGCACCACACAGGUUGUUAUGUGCAUUGACGCUGAUAAAGAAAAAAAUGAACUGCUCAACAAGGACAAGACUUUUUCUAGUCAGCUAAUCGAAGGGAAUGAAAAGGCAUCUCUGCUUGGUGAAGCUCUCGCUUUAAACGAAGGGGAAGAGGCAACAGGCAUAAAUACUCCUCAAUGUGAUAGCCUGCCCCAAUUGAAGAACAAAAAAAAAUGUGUCUCAAAUGGCGAAGUCAUCACUUCUAAUCAGCCAAGCGAAACAGUAGGACAGAUGAAAAAGGAAAUCACCAAAGGGGGUGAGAAGCCCAACUUCGCAGAAGGACACAUAAGCGGACAAGAAGGCGAAGCAGAGGGGGGAAAUAAGAACAUAAAAAGAGGGUGUAAGGGAAGGCGUGCGAAACGAAUGCACACUUUUAAGAGGCCCCCUGGUACACACCUGUCCGAAAUGGACGAAGCAGUCGAUGGGCCGUCCGAUGUCCAACUUAACGACGAAGAAACUCUAUCCGAUCAUUACAUAAGUUACGCGAAUUUAAAAUACACUGAGGAAGAAAUAAAGCAAAAAAAUUUUAUCUACUAUUUAACGCAUGAUAUAAACAAAAUUGAAACAUUCAAGAGGAAAUACUUUUACGACUUUUUUUUCAUGUACAUGGUGAGGAAGCUCUUCUGGAAUGUGCUUUGUUUGUAUUACUUGCACUGGAACGAGCGGCUCGCGCAGGACACACCAAUGCAGAGCGGGUCACCAGAUGAUCCCUCCCUGUCCCAACCACUCAGGAGUCACCUAACCAGCCAGAUAAACAGCCAAGGCCUUGAUGAGGACAAUCUAAUUCUGUACGAAAGCGACGUCAGUGUGAAUAACGCCAAGAAGAACAAGACCAUGCUCUACAACACUAACCAGAAGCUGUGCCACAAUCUGGACCCCCUAUUUAAAUUAAUUCGCAGCGAAAAAUUGCUCAUUUACCUUCGAUAUGACCAAAAUAAAAGGGUCAAAUGUAAAAACAAAACGGAAUACUUGUACAGAGAAAUAUGGCAAUACCUUAUUUUCACGAACUUAAAGCAAAAGGAGCAAACUGGGACAUAUAGCCCUUUCAGUGAGUUCGUCCUCUUUCGCCAGGACUGA